CCUUUUCAAAAAAUCUUGAUAUUUAAAUAUGUCUUGAGGGUCUUGUUGCUGCUCAUAAUCUGCUGCACCCCCCUAAACUGCGGUAAUAUACUCUGACCGGAGAACUCCACCCGGCGCCGCCGCAAUCAUCUCUAUCGUUUCUGGUUUGAAGUGGAAAUUCGUCUGCUUGUAAUGGCUUCUCUUCAACUACAACAGCUGAUUUUGGGAGGAAAGACUCUUCCCAGAGAGUUGACUGCCAACUGUGGCUUUCCCUGUCAACAGGUUAAGCUUGGGCGGAUAACUCAGUUCAGGCCUCCGGCUGCUAUAGCUAUCUCUAAUUCUGAAACUGAAAGUAGCAAGAUCAUCUUUAAGGAUGAUGCUCUCAGUGAAGUUGAUCCUGCAGUGCACUCAAUUAUUCGCAAAGAAAAGCAGCGCCAGUUCAAGAGUUUGGAGCUUAUUGCCUCAGAGAAUUUCACUUCCCAAGCAGUUAUGGAAGCUGUCGGCUCCUGCCUCACAAAUAAGUAUUCUGAAGGAUUACCUGGUAAACGGUAUUAUGGUGGCAAUGAGCACAUUGAUGAGCUAGAAAUCCUCUGUCAAGAAAGGGCAUUGGCAGCAUUUCAUUUAGAUGGAACGAAAUGGGGCGUGAAUGUUCAACCUUUAUCUGGUUCUCCGGCAAAUUUUGAGGUCUACACAGCUCUUCUUAAUCCUCACGAUCGCAUUAUGGGUUUGGAUUUACCUCAUGGUGGUCACUUGUCUCAUGGAUUCAUGACACCUAAAAGACGGGUUUCUGGAACAUCAAUUUAUUUUGAAUCAAUGCCUUACAGACUUGAUGAAUCUACAGGCCUAGUAGAUUAUGAUAUGCUAGAGAAAACAGCUAUUCUUUUUCGACCAAAGCUUAUUAUUGCUGGUGCAAGUGCCUAUCCCCGAGAUUUUGACUAUCCACGGAUGAGAAAGAUCGCAGAUGCUGUUGGGGCUUUUCUCAUGAUGGAUAUGGCUCAUAUAAGUGGACUUGUAGCUGCUUCUGUGGUUGGCAAUCCUUUUGAGUACUGUGAUAUUGUGACAACUACAACACAUAAGUCUUUGAGAGGGCCAAGGGGUGGCAUGAUCUUCUUCAAGAAGGAUACUGUGAAUGGUGUUGACCUAGAAACUGCAAUCAACAAUGCUGUUUUCCCCGGAUUGCAGGGUGGUCCACAUAACCACACAAUUGGAGGACUUGCAGUGUGCCUCAAGCAUGCACAAUCACCAGAAUUUAAAAUUUACCAAAACCAGGUUCUAUCUAACUGCAAGGCUCUUGCAACCCGCCUAGUUGAAUUGGGAUACACACUCGUUUCUGGUGGGAGCGACAACCACCUUGUUCUUGUUGAUCUUAGGCCAUUAGGUAUGGAUGGAGCUCGAGUGGAAAAGAUUCUCGAUAUGGCCUCCAUCACUCUCAACAAGAAUUCCGUGCCCGGUGAUAAAAGUGCAUUGGUACCGGGUGGGAUAAGAAUUGGAUCACCUGCAAUGACUACAAGAGGAUUCACAGAAAAGGAAUUCACACAAACUGCUGAAUUAAUUCACGAGGGGGUGUUGAUAGCAAUUGAAGCAAAGAAGUCUGUUUCUGGGACAAAGCUCCAAGACUUUAUGAAGUUUAUUGGAUCAAACGAUUUCCCUUUAACAGAUAAGCUCGAAGCUUUACAGAGGAAAGUCGAGAAUCUCACUACCCAAUUUCCAUUGCCAGGAUUAUAAAUCGAUAAUAUCGUUUAGCUUCCAAUCUUUGUUUGUGCGCUGCUACAAAGAUUGAAAAUAUAAUUUUUUGUCUUCUUAAGUUGUGUGACAUUAUGGACUUACUUAUUCACCCUAAAGAUCUUGAUUCUUCUUUAUUGUGAACCUUCAAUAUAAUCAAACCUUUCUUUAUUUCUU